AUGUUCCGCGAGGCACUUGAAAGCGUUUUGGAGUUCAUUGGUUAUCAUAGUGAACACCGAGGGUGCAAGGGUAGCGAGCUACUUUCGUUUAUCUCCACGGAUGUUUUACCGCAUUAUGGGCUUGGGCAGCACUCUACAAUGCAACAAACGGUAAUGAACCUGCUCCUGAGUGAGACCGAUAGUUUCACCGUUAAAAGCGGGGGAAAGACUCUCUCUUCCGGUGAGUUGACGAGCACUGUACUGCAGUAUGAUUCCUGUGCCUUCUGCCCGACACGGGCACUGCAAGAAAAAACUGUUGGUUACAGUCUUCGGACCGCGACAAUUCGGGCUGCAGUGAAUUAUGCAUGUGAAAACAUGCUGUUCGGUUUUCUUCGCAACCAGCCUGGCAGGAGCGUUAUAGCUGGCAGGGAGGAUGAUGCUGCGUCAAGGGGGAUGAACGCUAGCGCGUCCGGACUGAGCGUAGGUGUGCGUACCCUCCUACGCGAUAAGUGGUUGAAGUGCGUUUUUGUCUUUCACAGGGUCAGUAAAGUGUUAGAAUUGUGUGUCUUGCCGUAUUUCGCUAUGCCCGUGCCUCCUCGGCAACAGCACUUACAGCCCCUCCAGUCGUAUUUGAAACGGUGCCGCGCUCACAUGAGAGAUUCACGAGUUGUGAUAGACAUAAAUGUUGUGCGCCACAUUGUGCUGUCCUCUCCUGAGCGCCGACUGGUCUACCAGGAUGCUCUUCAUGCGGUAUUCGAAGCUUACGGUGAAACCGUGCCAGGCGGAAACGGGCGUGCAUUUGGUAGAUGCAUCGGUCGUUUGCUUAGAGCAGCGGACUUACGUGUUGUGAGGGCCUCCAUAACUACCGGUUACCGGACUCACAGGGUCUCGGUAGUUGUGGAUGCACGGGCCAGAUUGAACGGAGACGGUGGACACACGGAGUGUACAGCCCGCGAGGGGGGAGAAGAUGGCGAGGAAGGCAACACUGAUGUUAGUUCGGACUCCGGUGGAAGCGAAGAUUCAGGCUCAGCAGAUGAUAACCCCGGGAACGACUUUAUUGAAUGGAAAUCAGAGGUUGAAUCUGCGCAAGCGCCACUUGCUCGUAUUCCCAAUGGGGGCACUGGUGGCUUCCAUGUGGAUCCCGCGUUUCCUUUACCACUGCAGGUGGUAAAGCAAGCUGAGAGGAAUCCGAUUGCCCUGGAGCUAGUGCUGCCGCGUGUUGUUUUUUACGAUUCGAAGAACAUAACUAAGGAGCUGUACAGAUACACGACCACCUAUGAAGAGCGUUACGGGACCAUCGAGAGUACAAAUGCUCUGUGUGCAUACGGCAAGUCUUUUACUCGUGUAUUGCAGCCCAAGGGGUGGUCGGGUAAGCACAAGAGUGGUUACAACGAACAGCUUGAUGGGUCAUUACCAAAGGGAGUAACAGUGUGGGCUGUUAGCGCGGUGCUGGAUGCUCUAAAUGCCUCGCCCCUACGGGCGAUGACACUUGUGGACCUCGUGAGCGUUGUUGACCGCAGGACAUUAGGUCGCGUUUUACCAGUCCUUCAACGCGAGAAUCGUGUGACAACAACGGGUGUAACACUCCCCCAGGGUAGACGUCUUGGGGUUUUAGUCGUUGCCGGCGUGAAGUUAACAGAUGCCGAUCGUGAGGAGUUGAUAAAGCGCCACAAUAGCCGGUGGGGUGCCCAUUCACAAGGUGGGAAGCCCCUCGUGCGACUCAAUCAUAUACCCUCCCCAGGAGGAGGAGGAGAAAGUGGACAAGCGAAUUCAGUGAUCAGGCUUCCCGAGGGUUCUUCCCGAACCGCGCGCAUUGUUACGAAGAUCACGAUGAUUCGCAAUGGCUACAGUCGAGUCGGUCUGUUUCGGCACUCGCGACUGCACUUGGAACUGUGUCGUGUGUGGUGCCUCCACAACCUAAAUCCAACGAAGUCGCUAACGCUAGGGCAGUUGCUUCAAGAAAUGAGUCUGAGUUCCUUCUGUAUAGUUGUGGGUGUGGGUGAUGUGGAUCUCACUUCGUACAUAAGCGAACGUAGAUGCAGUUGGGGCACUUCCAUGCGGCACCUUCCACCUACCCUGCAGGAACACUGUAGUCGUUCAGGUCUGCAGCCACUCAUACACUCACUCUCUGUACUGCAAGCGAGGGGGCUUGUGAUGUGUGACAGAGUACUGAGAGCCACUGAAGACGUAGAUCCCGAUGAAUUAUUCAUUACGCUCGCCAAAAGCACUGGUCGUGUGUGUGAGAUUGGUAUUGACACGGGCUUUGAUGAUCAGCCGGAUGAGUCGUGGGAAUACGUAUUUUUCCCCACCGGUGGUCCCGACAAGCCUCAGGAAACCUGCCGUGCAGUAAUGCAAUACUGGGGUGAUUGUUGGAAAAAAGUUUCGAAUACAAAGAGUGCCCAUGACCGAUUGGGUGCUUUUAUCUGCGAAGCUGUCACAGUGGAGCCAAACAUAACUGAUGUGCAGAUCUUUGCACUUUCAUGGUUACUCCGCGUUGAUUGCAGCAUUAUGGCCGAGCACCUUCUGCAGAGGUUGGGGUACAUACGGACCGAAAGGUGCGCACGUCAACGGCGCGGCAGGGGACGUGGGCACAUGUUAUCCAAGUGCGCAACUGCUGGUUAUGGACAUGCUAGUUUUACCCGUCUCGGUGCGCGUCCCCGAGGUGACCUGACCGCCAAGAGUGUGGCUGACGUGAUUGUGGAUGGGUUACAAUCUGACGAGUUAGAGGGCAACCUUGCUCGACUGGAAGCAAAAUUGCUAGGUAAGAGGAGGGAAACACUUGAAGGUUACUAUAGUCCUUAUUGCAACCGAGUCCAUGGUAGCAUGCUUACCAUCGUACAAGGUAUGUUGAGGGUUGUACAGCGAGAAGGGGGUACACAUGCAAGGAGGGAAGCAUCCGCACAACCAAAGAACACAGUGGUUUCUUUUGCUUCACCUCACUUAGCUGCCGCAGAGGGGCUGAGUUGCGAUGAUAAGCGCACGUCGGUAAGGAAUGCGGAGCCGGACGAUCUGCGCUCCGUGUCGAGGCGCCUUUCUUCCAGUAUCCCGCCUAGUUCAAGGACAGCCAAUCGACCCCGAAAGGAACCACCUGAAGUGCUGCAGGAUAUCGUACGCAUGAUACUUUUGAGUGAUGAGGCGCAUUACGAUGCGGUGGCGGCAAAGGCCCUGCUCGCGCAAUUUAAAGUAGUAGAGCUGGAUAAUUGUAUCGAUUGGCUUCUGACCUUUCCGUCUUUCCGAAACCGCUCGAGUGCUUGCGGGAGGUUGCCGCGCGUUGAGCUUGCACCCCGCUGCAAACUUCUCCACCUGAAGCACGCUGAGCGGGUUACGCACCCCCAAUGCGUAAGUGCAAGUUACGCGCACACCGCUACCGUUUCCAUGCUCUUCUUGCCGCAGUCUAACUGCCGCCGUUGGUGCAUACCACCUAUCCUUCAGCCGGACAGCCUGCUCCUGCAGACUGCGCCGCGUCUCAUCGAGCAACCCUUUCCUGACAUACGGUUUUUGUUGAGUAAUACACAAGAGGGUACUGAAUUAAGUGCACUGCGAGUGCCGCGUUUUGCACCUCCGCCGCGCACCGACGAAAAGAAAAUGUUUGUGACGACACGGACGGGGGUGGAGACUACUUGCGUCGCCAGCAAUAUAGCGACUAGUGCUACAACCGUAGGUUGCAUCUCCACCUCUGCUGCAAAGGUGCCUACUGAACCUUAUCCGGCGCGCUUCCUGCUACGGCCGUGGAAACGAUUGCGUUAUUUAGACCUUCUCGACAUUCCAGUUGAUCCACCGCCCACCUCAGACCAGUGCAAGAGGGCACGCAGCGCGACAGUCACUUCAACUGAAGAAGGGAGAGAUGACACGCCUACGCUGCCGCAGUAUCCCAGUGUCUUUCAUCACGUGGACGGUUCCUUUCAUGUGUUCUUUUGGAGGUCGUUUCUAUUUGCUGUGUACGCGCUAAUACAUAACUCACCGGGUAUCACCGAAGAACGGGUUAUGCAGGAACUUGUGCCAAGCGGCCUCGUGAGCCAUGCAGCAUGUAAAAUGGCCAUUAAUUUUCUUAAAGCAUCGUUGGUGAUUACAGUGCGGAGCAUCGUUCAAGCAUGUGGUGAAGUGGACAGCCCGUUCCGGAGUGAGGCGUCAACCAUGGCGGGUGGAGACGCGGCAAAAGCUACCAUGAAACACGUUGACUGUUACUUCUGCACGAUAUCACAGGAUGGGCCGUGGAAUGUGGUAAACUUGUAG